AUGACGAUAAUAAAGAUUUAAAGAAAUACAUAUAUAAAGAAGCAGAUGGUUAUACUUUUGUAUAUUAAUUAAAUAUCCUAACGAAUAAUAUCGAAAUAAUUCCAUAUUUAAUUCUCAAAAUGAAGUUCUGCUGUGCUGUUUUAAUUAUUGGCCUUGUUGCUAUUGCUAACUGCCAAGAUGCAGAAAAUUCUGGAGCAUUAACACGAGACCAAGUUUUGGAUAUAAUCAAGGAAAAUAACCCUACCUUAACAUGUAUUAACUUGGAAUGCAGGACUGAAUGCCAAUCAACAGGACACAAAUCAGGAUACUGUGCUUUAGGUGAAUGUAACUGCGUAGCACCACUACCAGCUGCUUAAAAAAUUAAGGACUGGCAAAAUAACUAUUGAAAAAUUAGGUUUCCAAAUUAUGUAAAGCAAUUGUGAUUUUGAAUUUAAAAUAAAUUAAUUGAAUAUAUUUUGUUUUUUUUUAUUUUUGAAUUAUAAGACAACUAUUUAUUAUAGACUAAAAUUUCAUUAAAAUAUUGAAGAAUCGCAUAUUGUUUAAUGAGCAAGUAAUGGUAUUCAUUUCCUACGAGUACGAAGUGAUCCACAAAAAAUUUCUAAAGUAGGCUUUGGAAAAAUAUCUGAGUGUAAAAUGUUUCUUCUCUUUAAGUGUUUGUUUAAAUUGAAUUUAAAGCAGUGUGUAGUUAUCACGGACAUAACUUGUAUCAUUUAUCUUUGUCUGUCGUGGU